GUACAGUAUGAGGGUCGAUGGGAGUUGUUGUUGAUUUUUUUGCCCCUUUUUUAUCAUUGCACUUAUCAUUUUAUUAUUAUUUGAUUUUCAACUUAUCUCUUCCCUUUUGAUUUAGUGCAUUUGUUCAUUUAAUUUAUCCUUAUUUCAUAAAUCCCAGGAAAAAUGAAUAUUAAUCGUUGAUUCGUCACGGGGAUGCUGUUCUGAUUGUACAUCAAAGACAAUAAAGAGAAAACCCUGCGUUAAUAUGGUGAUGGCGGAAAGCGAACGAGCUACAGGGCAUCUCGCCACUUCUGGACUCGAUCCAACGACCUCACCAGCAUCUAGGCUUCAAUGGCUGAAACAGCGUCGUGAAGCACUCCAGGAGAAACUAGCCCGUAAAAAUAAUGAACUGAAGAAAUUGUGCAUCAGUGAGGCAGAAUUGACGGGAAUUUUGCCUCCGGAGAUACCAUUGGAUCCUGGAGAGAGUCCUCCAAUAUUCCGGAAACGCGUUGGAACUUCAUUCAGCUAUCCCCAGAAUCUUAUCAAUAAAUUGAAGACGAAUCAGGUGGAGGAGUCAGCGCUGGAGCUGGAACGUCAGGUGCAAGCAGGAAUUGCAACAGCAGCCUAUGCAAUCGUGAACGACCUCUCGGAGAGCAAAGCAGUGCGUCGGAAGCACCGAUUGAUCUACCAACAAAGUCAGAAAAGACUGAAAGACCUAGAGUCACGUUUGAAUUUCCUUCGCCAGGGCUACGGCCAAUUAUCCCGAACAACUGCGCCAGUUCCAGAUUCAUGGCCAGGAGAUGAGGAUGCUGACCAGGAAGGCCCAACAAAACACCACAAAACAAAAAAGCCACGUCCACCCCUGGAGCCAACGGAUCGAGAAGAUCCAAAGUUGAAUGAUAAAAAAUGGCAAGAGACAGAAAUAAAUACAAUGGCAGGUGCCACUCAGAUGAACGACUGGCAUCGCACCAGAUCGCGUUACAUCAAGCCAGAUAUGCACUCAGGAACUCUUCCAGCACUGAAUACAGUCGACCAGAAUGAAAAUCUGGAUCUCUAUCUGUACAAUGAUCAGCCGAGGGUUCGAACGUAUUCCCAUGGCAAUUGGGACGAAUCAUCAAAUGCACUUCGCAAUCUCAAGCCUAAUCAGAUCGAGGAACGCUCAUACCGAAAAAUAUCCGAUAUGUACGCGCUGGACGCUGAAGUACGACAGAAGGAUCACUGGCAGCAGAAAAAACUGAUGGAGCACAAAUACAAUUCAUCGAUGUACAAUCCUAAUCAACGACAUCAUAUCGAUUCUUUCCAGUACAAGCAGCAGCAUCACCAAUUCAAGAGUAAAUCACAGCAGAGUUUUUACCAGGAGCCACCGAGGGAUAAAUCGUCGCCGGAUAUUGGAAGUAUUCAGAGCCUGCCUCAGUAUCGGUAUCCACCACGUCCCAAUCACUCGAGUCAUGCCAAUCACAAUGUGUUGUCUCACCCACUGAUGGAAAAUCAGAGACACCAGGAUCACGAGUUCGUCCAGACCCGAAAGAAUCCCUCGGAGACAAUGGCACGAAAAAACCGGGGAAGAAAAUCGAGUGAGAGCUCCACUUGGUGUGUUGAGGAGGGCGUGUGGUACCCCCCACCUGUUGAUAAUUACCAGCACAAGGACAAUUUUGGGAGUUUAGAUCGGAGGAAACAUACGACAAUUGGGCGAGAGCCUGGAAUCACCAGGGAUCAUCAUCUCACCACUCAGCAUCGUCUGGAGCAUCUUCCACCACCUCCACCUCCACCUCUUCCACCUCCACCCCACUCGAGGAUGUUGCUGAGGACUCAGUCAUUGGGAAGUGUUGAAACCUGGCAGUCUGGGGCCUCUGGAAUCUCAGGCAGUGCCACCAUGGGACGACCUCCUGGGGAUAUUGAGAGGUAUCAGGUGGAGAGGCAUCAGGAGAAGGAGAAAGAGUGGUAUGAGACGUCCAUGGAUCUUGGCUAUUCCCCGCAGCAAGUACCACCAGUUCAAAGACAUUAUCCAAGGUCUUCGCCCUCUCCUUCCUCCAUAUCGUCUUCACCCAAAUUACUGCCCUCUCCCUUGCCACCUCCUUCACCCUCUUUCAAUGAUAUUUCUGUCAAGAUAUCACAAAGCACUGAGAAGGACCUGGAGAUUCCUGCAGAAACCUCCAAUCACGCUGUCAAGUAUCAACCCUAUUUGGAGGUGACCAAACCCUUCGAGAUGAGUGACUUCUAUAAGUAUUCUACUAAAUUCAGAAAGAAGACUGAAGGUAAUCAGAGAAGCGAACAGAAUAAUUGCAAUGGCAAUAAAAUUGUUAAUAAUAACAAUGCGAGCUUUGCUAACAAUAAUAUUAAUGCUGACGAGCAUCAUCAUCAGACUGCACCUUCGGGCUCAUAUGGCCCUAAUGUUCAUAGGAGGGGGUACGAGACUCAUAUGAUCGCACGCACAAUGUCAAGGAAAAAUGAAGGCAAUCGUGAAUGGACCAACGCAGAAGACUGCAGAGUACCUCCAAAAGACUCGACAGUUGUCUGAGUCUGAAUUUGUGGCCUUAUAAAAUAAAUAUUGUAAAUAUGAUUCAUCGGUUAAGGCAUACACGAUAUAUUCUUCGAAUAUCAAGUAUUUUCAUAUUUGACUUUUAUUAUUUAUUGAUUGAUAUUGAUCAUUCGGGUAGAUCUAAAGCUUUAUUGUUCGUUUCUCCUUCUUUAUCUUCAAAUAACAGGAAAUUUGACUUGCUGUGCAGAUAGUACGUUGAAUAACAAUGUAGCCUAUAGUAAUUAAUCACCAGUGUUUAGGGAUUGAAUAAUAAUCCAUCGGACAAUUAAUUUCCUGAUCACAAUUUUUUUUUUUCGAACCUCCAGUAAUUAUGAUUACUUUAUAAUUAUCUCAUACACGUGUAUUUUUUUUUAUAACAAAAUAUAUUCUAAAACGAAAUUAUGGACGAGACUUUUUAGCGUAUCUACGAUUAUAGUCCCUUAUCAGCGCUAUUUUUUUUGUAUUUUUCCCUUUUAUUCAUUUUUUUAAUAUUUUUUAUGUUUUUUUGUCAUUGUUUUAAGUCUUUACGAGCUGAGAAAACGAGAAUUGGCUUUUUAAAUAAAUAUGAAUCUUGUAAUUGAAUCUUCAUUGGAACCCCAGGGGCAGAAUCUAUUUUUUU